AUGAGCUCCGGGGCGGCGGCGGCCGUGCCCCCGGCCAAGAACGUGCUCCUCUACCGCAACGGGGACCCCUUCUUCCGCGGCAGGAGGCUUGUGGUGAACCAGCGCCGAUUCCUGACCUUCGAGGCCUUUCUGAACGAGGUGACCGGCACCGUCCAGGCGCCCGCGGCCGUGCGGAGCAUCUACACCCCCCGGCAGGGCCACCGGGUCACCGAGCUGGCCGAGCUGCAGAACGGCGGGCAGUACGUGGCCGCGGGCUUUGAGCGCUUCCGGAGGCUCAACUACCUAGACCUUGGAAUGAAGCAGCUGAAGAGGAAAAAGGCCGGCGUGCAGAACUACCCAGGUACCCCUCAGAGGGUGGCGCUUCCCAUGCGCUGGAGGAGGCAAGAGGACCUGCCCUGCAUCAUACAUGUUUUCCGCAAUGGGGACUUGCUGAGUCCCCCCUUCCGCCUGAUCCUGACCAAGAAUGCCCUGCAGGAAUGGAGCGCCAUCCUAAGCCUCUUGUCCGAGAAGGCAAACCUGCACAGCGGAGCUGUCAAAAAGCUUUGCAAACUGAACGGCAGCGCUGUCUGCAGCGGGGAGGACCUGGUCAGCGGCGACUACUACGUAGCCGUGGGGCUGGAGAAAUACAAAAGCUUGCCCUACUUCGAACUGUUGGGGCCCCCAAAGAGAGCCCUUCGGCCAUAUCGGAAUCUUCCCGGUGAGAGGAGGAACUACAGUUGUGGGCUGAAUCCUCGGAGGGUGCAGUCCACAGGAAUUGUACAGGCCCAAGAUAUCCCAAAUUCUUCUGUGGUGGUGCACAAACAAAUUAUGAAAUAUCGACCAAAAGAUGAGAAGGCAUCCAUCUUUCAUGCCAAGCAAGACCAGGCUCCACACGUUAACCAGAACUCUCCCCAGAUGUCUGCACAAGAACAGGGAAGUGUUUAUAGAACCAAAGGUGCAAGGGAAGAAAUGGCAGAUGCCCAGGAAAUAGGGGAAGAUGAAGACACACAAGUGGAGCUUCCCAUAGACCAGAGAGCUGCAGAGACUGUGCAAGAGGAAGUUAUGCCCAAAACUAAAAUAUUGCCACAGAGAAAGGUUGAGACCCCUGACAAGCUCCAGAAGGCCUGUCCCAUUCAGUAUUCUGCUGGUGACUCAGGGGAGGAAGCACACCGUGUUCAUUUGACUUGA